GGCGUCUUGGAUUCUUUGGUCGAAGCCAGAGCUCGACCUCUCGUUACUCUAUUCGACUAUCAAGCACUCACCACGCUCUAUCAUUCGUAGCUACAACGCACUCAAUCACGCCCCACCUUCACAUUCUACCUCAAACGUUAUCUACCUACGACUCGCGAGCGACAAUGGCGCCGCCCCUCCGCCGCCCCAUUCAGAAAGAGCGCGCGUCCUACUAUUUCUCUUCCUUUAAGUCGCGAUCCUACCCCGACCACAACCGCACUUCCUCCUCGCUCACAAUCCGCGACAUCGGUUGGAACCCACCCGGAAACCGCAUCGCCUGCGCGCUCGCCGACAAGUUAGUGCGCGUAUGGAAUCCCGACAAGCCCGAGAUCCGGAUGUCGACCGAGCUAAAGGGCCAUACAGCGGCGGUAUCGGCGCUUGCUUGGGACCCUACGCACAGCGAUAAGUUGGCUAGCUGUAGCGUCGAUGGAACAGUGCGCUUUUGGGAUUACAGGAUCAAGCAGAUGUUGGCGGUUGUGAAUACUGGCGGUGAGGGGAUUGCGCUUGCGUGGCAUCCGGAUGGGAAAACGGUGGCUGUGGCUACCAAGGAGAUGAAGCUACACUUCAUAACCGUAGCUACGCACCAGCUUUCCGCCACCAAUGUGUUGCCGACGCAGGUGCACUCGCUGAUCUUUUCGCACUCGGGAGAUACACUGUUGAUGUCCACGGCGACGGGACAAGUACUACUGUACGAAUACCCAACCCUGUUGCCCGCCCACUCUGUAGACGCGCAUGCGUCCGCUGCGCUAUGUCUUGAACUGGACCCGCGCGGAGCGCACCUUGCUGUUGGCGGUAGUGAUGCAGUGAUGAGUAUAUGGGAUACCAGCGAGUGGAUAUGCGUACGGACAUUACGAGGGAUGGAUGCGCCUGUCAGGAGUGUUAGUUUCAGCUUCGAUGGCGCCUACAUCUGCGCUGGAACAGAACAGAGUGAAGAGGCGGGUAGUCAUGACAUCGAGAUUGUCCAUGUGGAUACGGGUGAACAAGUGCACACGAUAAAUACGAUGCAUCCAGUCACCAACGUCAAGUGGCACCCUACCAAGUACACUCUGGCGUACUCCGGGGAUCCCAGUGGGCUGAAGAUUGUCACGGCAGCCGAGAAGUAGUAUACUCGAAGUCCGCUGAUAUUAUCCCAGAAUCGUUCAAUACAUAAUU